AUGGAGAUGCAGAGAUCAAACCUUGAUUCAGAGAUAGAGUUUCCUCAAGAUUUCAGAUGCCCCAUUUCCAGAGAUCUCAUGAAAGAACCAGUCAUCAUCUCGACCGGUGUUACAUACGAGCGAAAGAACAUUGAAAAAUGGUUCUUUACCUACAAAAAGAAGACUUGUCCAGCCACAAUGCAAGGCAUUGAAAACUUCGGUGUUACCCCUAAUCAUACCCUCAAAAGACUCAUUCUUGUAUGGCAAAAUAGUCAUUCUCCAUCUUCCUCUUCAUCGUGUUCUCCCUGUUCAUCUUCAUCGUCACCUUUGCCAUCGUUCAAGCGAGAUGAAAUGGUGUCAUUGCUCAAGACCCUCGGCUCCAGUCCAUUCAAGGAGGGUUGGAUGUGCUUUUUCCAUUAA